AUGCCGCACUGCAUCGCUGGCGUCGACCUUGCAAGCAGCAGCAGCCCCGCAGCCGCGCCCGCCGUGGCUGCCGCCUGGCGCACCGCGGUGGCGGAGGAGAUGCAGCUGCCCGAGCGGCGCCCCGCGGAGCUCGUCGGCGAGCUGCGGGCGCUCUCCGAGGCGGCCGCGGCCGCGGGCCCCGAUGGGGAGGAAUGCCUGUCCGACCUCCUCCUCUCUGGCACGUGGAUCCUAUCCCUCCGCGCCGCCGCAGCCACCAAGCUGCACACGUUUGGCGCCGCGCGCCUCGCCGCGCUCGUCUCCGCCCUCGGGCGCCUACCGCUGCACGCCGAAGCGUCGCCGCUGCCAAUCGGGUUUGGCACGCCGCGCUGGGCGCUGCCACGCGCGGUGGCGGACACGGGGACAUGGGAGUCAUUCCUAUGCGCCACAACCGACGCGUUCCUAGAAGACCUCGACCGGCUGUUGCAGGAAGAGUCGGGCGGUGGCAGCUCAGGGCCCGGACGCGGCGGCGCCGCCGCGGGUGCGCCGCCUGAGGCGCAGGCCGCGCUGGCAGCGUUUGCCUGCGGCCUCGCCGCCAGCAACAAGUGGACAAUGGCGCGCGUGGACGCGGGCUGGGUGGUGUCAGAGGAGUGCGAGCGGCGCGUCGCGGCGUUUGUCGCGCUGCACUGGCCACGGCUGGUCUCCCAACUUGAGCGGAUCGACGCCGACUCGGCGGCCCCCCCAGGGGAGGCCGCGGGCGCGGGCGCCGCGGGCCAACGGCGCCGCCGCCUGCGCCGCUCGGCGCUGUCGACCCUCCUUGCGCGCGCGCAGCUGCAGCAGCGGAUGAGCCCGCCGGCGGCGCUGCUCGAGCGGUUCUUCGAUGAGUCGCCGCCGCCAGCGCUCUGGCGGGCGGUGGCGGGCGGCGGCGGUGACGUCAUCGCUGAUGUCAGCGGCGACGCCGAUGACUCAUACUCCUUGGAGGACCUCGAGCAGAUCGUGCGGACGCUGAUGCAGAUCGGCUGCAGCCCCUCUGAGCGGUGGCUGCACGGGCUCGUGGGGGUGGUGACCGCGCGGCGCCCCGAGAUGGGGCAGCAGCAGCUGCGCGGCUUUGUGGAGGCGCUCAGGUUUUUCCGGACGCAGCGCGGGACCAGCAAGCAGCUGCGCAACGGCAUCAGCCUGCUGAGCGAGUGGCUGUGA